CAUUAUAUCACCCCGUUGGCACCGCCAGGAUGGGACCGGACGAUGAUGAGGGCGCGGUAGUCGAUCCUAGGUUACGAGUGAAGAAAGUCUCCGGAAUUCGCGUUGCCGAUGGUAGUGUUAUGCCCGAUAUUGUUUCCGGUAAUACGAACGCACCGAUUAUGAUGAUUGGUGAAAAGGUUUCGGACAUGAUCAAAGAAGAUUGGAACGACAAAAAGAAAGUCCAUACUGAGCUUUAAUAAAACACAUGCCAAAUGAAUUUCAUUUCAUGCCUUGCUUAAUAAUGCUUUAACAAAUAAACAUCAGUAAAGCCCAUAAAAUUGUCUUGUUACUUAAUGUCACAUGUUCAUACAAAAGGGAAGUCAUAAAUCUCAUGCUUAUGGAUUACGCUUAAACGUAUUCAAAUAGAAAAAAAACAAUCACAAUUUUACCUUUCGCACAGAUACCUUUAUUGUUGAUGAGUUUGAUGAACUCUACCCAUGACUGGAACUACUAUGCUGAAAAAAGCGAAAUCGCUAGUAAGGGGUACAAAAAGGGUAGCUAUUGGCCUCGAGGAAAAAUGUUGGGAGGCUGUAGUAGCACCAACGCAAUGCUCUACAUCCGGGGAAAUAGUAGGGAUUACGAUCGAUGGGAAGAGCAGGGCAACCCAACCUGGGGAUGGAAAGAUGUUUUACCCUAUUUCAAGAAAUCGGAAAACAACGGUGCCUAUCAUAUCCAGCAGGAGAGGGCAGCUUUCCAUGGGACAGAAGGUCCGUUGAAGGUAAAUAUGUACAUGUCUAAUGAAAUGACAAAAAUUCUGGUCGUUGAGGCUGCCUCUGAGCUUGGUCUUAUGGAGGUGAUGGAUGUGAACAGUGAUGAGCACAUCGGGUACAACGUCGCUCAAGGGACGGUUCACGAGGGCAAACGUCAAAGCGCUGCUAAAGCAUUCUUAAGUCCCAUUAAAGAUAGAGAGAACCUCCACGUGAUCAAGAAUGCCCAGGUGAUGAAGGUUAUUGUUGAAGACGGUGUAGCCACCGGAAUCAAAUACGCUCGAGAUACGUUCUAUAACGUUGUAGCGACCGCUAAAAAAGAGGUAAUUCUUUCGGCCGGAGCCAUCAACACGCCGCAACUGCUCAAACUUUCCGGUAUUGGUUCAAAGGAAGAAUUGGAAAAGUUUGACAUUCCUGUUGCCGUCGAAUCACCAUUUGUUGGUGAAAACCUCCAAGAUCAUCUCAUAGUCCCUCUUAGCUUCACUAUGCAUAAAUCAAAGCCAAUCACCAUGGAUAUGAGUCAGUUCAUCGAUAGCAUUUAUUCGUACUUCCGCUACGGUUUGGGACCGAUGGGAGGUAUCGGAGCAACCGAUUUAGUGGGCUUCAUCAACACCCAAAGUCCAGCGGCCAAAUUCCCCGACAUCCAAUACCACCAUGCUUAUUACCAAGCUAAGCGGCCAGAUUUUGCAUCCCUCAUUCAACCAUUCGGAUUUGAAGACUAUAUCGCUCAUCAGCUAAUCGAAGCCAACAAGGAAGCUGAAGUAUUGAAUGUAUUGGUUACACUCCUAAAUCCCAAAUCGGCUGGAAGUAUCAACCUAAACAGCUCCAGUCCCUUCAAAGCACCGCUAAUCAACGCAAACUACCUCGAUGAUCACCGAGACGUACACACUCUGAUCCGUGGUAUCAGAGUUUUCCGUAAAUUUCUCAAUACUCAGAACUUCAAAGACCACGAAGUGGAAGCGCUCCACAUUAAAAUUGACGAAUGCGACAUAUUAGAGUUCGAUUCCGACAGCUACUGGGAGUGCUAUAUUCGGUAUAUGUCCACCACCAUCUAUCAUCCGGUGGGAACCGCCAAAAUGGGCCCUGAUAGUGAUCCCAAAGCCGUAGUGGACUCCCGUUUGAAAGUUCGUGGUGUCAAGGGGCUUCGGGUAAUCGAUGCCAGUAUUAUGCCGAGCAUUGUGAGUGGCAACACCAAUGCUCCGACUAUUAUGAUCGGUGAGAAGGGUGCAGACUUCAUCAAGGAAGAUUAUGCGGAGGAAAAGACUCACACGGAGUUGUGAGAAGGAAGGCAACAUGGGUAAAUGGGUGGUGAGGCUUUGUAAUACCAAAAAUAAGAUAUUUCCAAA